AUGUACCGCGCAAUCCCCGCUAGCGAUCCCGUUGUUCCUCCUCGCUCUACUGGGCCUGUGGACGUCACUUUUAUGCCGUGUGAGACAGCUAGUUCCAGUUCCAAGCAGUCAAAACAAACGUCGAAGUCGAAGGCAUGGUCGAGACAGGCAUCCAAGCCAGUGCCGAAGAACAUAAAGGCACGCUUGGACAAUGCUAUCCUCAAUGGGGAAAUUCCGCCGUAUUGCGAGAAUUGUGGCACCAUCGAGACUGCCAGCUGGCGGCGAGCGUGGGUGAAAACGGUCAAGGGCGGCGAGACCCUUGCAGAAGAGAUGAUGAAGCCUUCCCCCAUGCUCUAUUGGGAGGCCGUGGAUCGAAACGACAAGGGUGAAAUGCAGAGUUUCAAGAUCUACAGAAAGGCUCUUGAGAUGGACGAUACUGAUUGGGAGCAGAUGACCUUCUGCAACCCUUGUGGUUUGUGGCUCCACAAAUUCAAACAGAUGCGCCCAGAGGACAAGUGGAGCAAGCCAAAAGCAGCGCAGCCGGCCAAAAAGCACAAAAAGCGUCCUUCGAGGAACCGCAGCCAGCUAAAUUCCUGCCCUGCUACUAGAACCCGGAGCAAGGCCGCGCCAAAGAAACCUUCAGCUUCUUCCCCAGCACCCACUGAGGCGUCUUCUGUCCACCCCGAUGGGGAAACUCCCCAGAUGGACCAUGACGAAGACGAUGAUCAGGACGGUGAAGCGGAUUAUUCCCCCAACGAGUCUCCUGGAGACACUAGUGCCGAGCUGGAGGGGACGUUCGAUACUCCAGGACGCCGUUGGUCCAAGCAGGACGCCAGAGAGGCACUUCCGCGUGCCACUAAGUCUAGCCCAGUGAGCCGUACGCAAGCCCGCUCUGCUUCAAUGACAGAUGCCAACAGUCUCACCCCCAAGCCUUUGAGAAGGUCACUUUUCCAGAAUUCCCAGACCGAUGGGCCACUGAAGGAGCUUGAUUCUUCUAUGGUCAACAGCGGCUCUCCACGUCGCAGUCCUCGUAUUGCCUCCACGAAAGAUGACAAGCCGGGUCAUCAGAAGGAGAAUCUUGCCCCCACCCCGGGCGAUGACCUCGAUGAUCUGUUCGAAAGCCCCUCCAUCGGAUUUGAUUCGGCAAGCCCUACUCCCCGUCGGCGUAACCCGCGGAUCAACGCGAUUGACAAGCGUUUGAAUUUCCCCGCGAACUCUCCAAGCCUCAACAAACGCAAGGAUCUAGGCUCUGUUAUGACUCCAGCUCGACUGUCUGCAGAGCGCCUACAGCGUAUCCAAUCAAUCCACGGAAGUCCUCAGUCAUCACCACGGCAACAGAAGUCGCCAGCCAAGCAACAGUCUGUGGUACCACAGCCUGCCGAUGGCAGUCUUCCGCAAACUUUCGAGUCCCUUGAUGACAUGAUGCUCGAUAUCUUCGAUGACGCUGACAAGGCCGAGGCUUUCUUCGAAAUGGAGAAUGACAAGUUCGCUGGUGAAAACUGGGCGGAGUGGCUUCCAGCGGACUAUGUUUCUCCUGCUGGAUCGUGCGAAACUCCUGCCAACGAACUGCUCAACGCUCUCUUCUCAGACAACCCCAAUGAGAAAGACAACUUCAACCCCGAUCUCCUCCCUUUCAACUUCAACGACGUUGUCAUUCCCGACUCCGGCUUCUUCAGCUCGGAUGCUCUUACCACCGACGCACCCAAAAGCCAGCUCGCUGGUGAACAAUCUGAAGGCCAAUAA